AUGAAAAUAAAUAGAUUGAUAAAAUUGAAGAACAAGAUAAAGCAAACCUACUAUAUUGAAGAAAGAGACAAAGAUAAUAACCUUUUAUUCUACAACCCUUGGACUGAUGUUGUUACUGACAAAAAUCCUGCAAUAUAUAUUGCUUUAACUGCUGAAGUUUCUACAACUUCUCUUUUAACUGUUAAUACUUCUUUGAAUAGACAACAAAGGGAA